AUGGCUUACGGGCUGCCAAGGAAGAACACAGUGAAAAACGUCCUGCGGGGCAGUUUUACAGUGCAGCAACCAUGGGAUCUUGCACUGCUUACAGAGACCUUGUACACAAAACUAAGCAAAAUCAAAUUUCCUUUCUUGGAAGAAAUUACAUAUGGUGGUCCUGUGUACCUCAAAAAGUCUAAAAUCAAGAAGGACCUUCUGCUUCCUUCUGCAGAAGAUAUCAGAAUUGAAAGGGAUUUUGAAACGAAGCGCUUAAAUAACCUGAAAAGUCAGGAAAAUGCAGAAAAGGAAAUUCAGCUUGCCUUAAGGGAAAAGCAGUAUGGUUUGAGAAGACCUGUUCCACCUAAGUGA